ACGUCGGCAUUUUCAUGGUGUUUCAUGUAACACUCGCAAUAUACAGCGGCGUGAUAAACAAUUACAAGCAGUUCAGCUGUGUGUGCUGGCUCCAGAGUUUGUUUCAAAAAUAAUUCUGUCGUAAAAAAAAACAUUACGCCAACAUUCGGCUGCGUUCAAUGUUGCGUGUUUCCACGGAAUUAUAUGGUAGACGGACAUGUGAACAAUACAAGUGAAAAGUACUGUACUGUAGUGUCAAGUAAGGCAGGUACCUCCUCUUUAGGAAACCCAGGAAACGUUGGGUCAGCCUUGCUAGCCUGCUACGUUAGCAUGUUACGGCUGUAGGGUUUUUACAUGCACUAACGUCUAUGAACAUUUAGUCGGUCGGUAGUCGGUCAUUAUUGAGAUCAUGAAAUUACUUUUUCUUGCUUGCCUCGAACCCAAAACAGGAAACCACACCACAGCUGAGCGAAUCAGGUCCUACAUUGAAUCAGCAGGACACACUUGUGUGCUCCGCCAUGCAGAAGAAUUCCAGUCAUCAUCUGAUGUGGCUAACCUGCUGUCAAAAAAUCUUGAAUUUGAUGGUGCACUUGCCAUUCAUCUUUUCAAAGCAGGCAGACUCCUCCUAGACAUUCAAGUACCCUUUGGCGUUAUCUUUGGUGGAACAGACAUCAAUGAGGAUGUGAAAGUUGAGAAGAAGCGUGUGGUUAUGGAGAAAGUUCUACUUAAAGCAAGGUUUGCAGCUGCAUUUACGGACAAACUGAAGCAGGAGGCCAUGUUAUUUUUGCAUUCCCAAAGCAGCAAAAUAUUUGUCCAGCCUCAAGGUAUUGAGACACAAGUUGCAGAGGAUUUCGACUGGACUGAAUUCUUACAAAGUUCAGGUAUAAGUGGUGAACAUGUGGAACGGCUCCAUGUUUUCCUGUUGAUCUGCGGCAUCAGAAGAAUCAAGGACCCUCUGUAUAUUGUGGAGAGUUUUUCAGAGUGGCACAGUGAGAAUCCCCAGCAUGUUCUUAUUAUAAUUGGUCCAAGGAUUGAUCCUGUGCUGAGUGAUGCUGUCGAAGCUGUUGUUAGGAGAACAGCAGGGGUCUUCUUGGCUCGGGAGAGGAGCCAGCCGGAGCUUCACGCUGCCAUGAAAAGGUGCUUUGCUGUGGUCAACAGUUCCAUCUCAGAGGGCAUGUCAGCAGCUAUCUUGGAGGCCAUGGAUCUAGGGCUACCUGUGUUGGCCAGGGACAUCCCAGGAAAUACAGCUGUGGUGCAACAUGAGGUCACUGGUCUGCUAUACUCUUCCCCUCAGAUCUUCCAGAAUCUGCACCUAUUCCAGCUGCAUGUCCUUGCAUUUGUGCUUCCCACCAAAACGGUCUGCUUAAAUGAAGAGAGCUAAUUGAAAAGUGUAUAGGAGCUACUGACAGCUCAUGAACUACUGGCUGGAGACCUCCGACUCCAAUUUGUCAGGAUCAUUUGCUUUCAUUGGCUUUGCUUCUGCUAAGAGGUACUUUUGGAACAAUUUCCAAUAAUAGUACAUGUUCUAAUUGGUUACUCAAUCAAGAUAAUAGAAAUGUGCAAUUUAUUAUAGUCAAACAUUUUUGGAAUAUCUUGGGAUUCAAAUCCUACCCAAAUACGAUCAAGUUGCCGAUGCUAAUUUCACUCCUUCAAUGAAAAAAAGAUGUAAUUACCAACAUCAAUAAUUGGUAGAAUCAAUAUAUUAAAGAUGGACAUGCUACCAAAGCUCUUAUGUCUCUUACAGCACGUACCUCUGCCACCUCCAACAGAUUCAAUAUCUGGAUUGAAAAAUUCUUUGUAAGAUUUAUAUGGAAUAACAGGAAGCCAAAGCUCAGGUUAUCUCUAUUGUAUUUACCAUAUGACAGAGGAGAUUUAGGAUGCCCUAAUCUGACCUGGUAUUACCAGGCGACAUAAAUCAUGUUCUGUAUCAUGUUCUGCUUUUCAGCAAAAGACCCUCCCAGUUGGACCUAUAUUUAUAUUCUAAUACAAUGAAAAGGUUAUUAAAUGAAGCGUGGCAUUUCUAUGUGUUGUUUCCGUGCUAAGGGGGUUGUUUCUGUUUAUGGCACAGUCGGUUGUUUUUGGAAAACUCAUAAAAAUAUGCAAAAAGAAGGAAUGGAACUGCGGCAAAACAUUUUAGUAAGCCAUUUAUUGCAAACAACCGUUAAACUGAAAUAGGUUGAUCAAAAGUUUAAAACCGUAGUUAAAAUAGAAUGUGCCGUUUGAGGCCCCACACAACAUUAAGCUUCAAUGUUCCAUUGAAGGAAAAAGUACCUCAGAUCAUCAUGCCCCUUUGCCAAAAAAUCUCAGUUGCGAUUUCUUUGUUCCGUAAGUAUUUAGGUGUUUUCUUAAAACCCUUCUCUUGAAGAUGCUCUCUGAUUGUUAUUGGACUGCAAUCUAAAACAACUUUAGUUCGCCUUUGCCAUCAAAAGAUCAUGACAAUGUGAAUACCUGACAUUACAUUUUUGCCCCAAAUGUUGUAUUUUAAUGUGGUCUUCAACUUUUGAUCAGCUGAUGAACAGCCUAUUUCACUUUGUUGUUUGCAAUAAAUUGCUAACUCUUUUUUUUCAGUUCCAUCCAUCUAUUUUCUAUGCCACUAUCCUCACUAGGGUUACGGUUAUGCUGGAGCCUAUCCCAGCUGACUUUGGGCAGGGUGCGGGUACACCCUGGAUUGGGCACAUAAAGACAAACAACCAUUCACACUCACAUUCACACCUAUGGACAAUUUGGAGUCGCCAAUUAACCUAGCAUGUUUUUGGAAUGUGGGAGGUAACCGCAGUACCCGGAGAAAAGCCACACAUGCACGGGGAGAACAUGCAAACUCCACACAGAGAUGCCGGAGCGGGGAAUCGAACCUAGGUCUUCCUGAUCUCCUGACUGUGUGGCCAAAUUUCAGUCCCAAAUUCUUCUUUUUGCAUAUUGAAGCUUCGCUUAACCUCCUUAAGAUCCAACAGUACAAAGUGAAAGUUCAUGCAGUUUUUUAAACGGUUAAAAUUUUUGAACAGGAGUGUGUGAACAUUAUCCAUGAAAACAGUGUUCAGCAUUUCAGUAUAAAUGUUUGAACAUUUAUUUUGUGUAAUCCAGAUAAAUAAACCGCAGUGUGAUUUGUAUGUAAUACAAUAACACAAGUUAAAAGCUUGAGCCAUGUGCACUCAAGCUCGGAAGAUUUAGUGGCAGUAGGACAUUGGUGCAGCCACAGUUCAGUCGGCCGAUAUCGGCCGAUAUCAGUGAAAAAGGACGGUAUCGACAUCGGCUGAUACUUGUAAUUGAUUGGUAUCGGUAUCAGGAUCGUAUCGGCAGUAUAAAAUUGUGAUCCCAACAUCCCCAGGAUGGCAGGGCUCAUCUGAUGUAAUCGAAGCCAGCAAGCUGGAGUUACUUUUCGGUCUUCACUGAGUAUUGAUCAUUUUUAAUUGGUCUAGUCUUUAGCAUCACCCCCACCCAGCAGCUCUGUGACAUAUGGUGGGUAAUGAUCUUAAACACUGGUGGGUUUUUUUUUCCUGUUCUAAAUAAAAUCUAAUGAAGUGGCAGCUAAUGUAGGACAAACUGAAAAGGUCCAUUGGACAUAUUUGGACCUGAAGCAAAAAAUAUCUCCAUCCCUUUGAAGUAUUUACAUAUCAAUGCAAAUGCUUUAUCUGUAUUCGUCUCUUAUGUCUUGUAAUGUGGCUUUCUGCUAAAAAAAAAAAAAAAAAUCCCUCUUCAGGCAACUUCGGUGGCAGGCUUCAAGUGGCGUUUGGCAGUAAAUGAGAUUUAUUUUGCCUCUAU